AUGACCAUUGAAAGAGCAGAAGCGAGAGCUGAGAAUGAAAGAAAAUAUAGGAUUAUUGAAAGGCUGGUACAAGAGAAUAAGAAUGAAAGAGUAAUUGUGAUGGGGGAUAUGAAUGGUCAUAUAGGAGUAUUGGGUGAGGAAGUAAAUGGUAAUGGACAAUUGUUAUUAGAUUUUGUGGAGAGGAAUGAGCUUGAGAUUUUGAAUGUGACCAUGGCAGAGGGUAGAGUGACAUGGUGUGGAAAGGAAAGUGAAUCUGUCAUUGACUACAUGGUGGUUAACGACAAAGCGAGGGAACGAGUAAAAGGCAUGUGGGUGGAUGAGGAGAGAAAGAUUGAUGUAGCAAGUGACCAUAAUGUUAUGGUAUUGGAGUAUGAGUGUGUGAAGGAGAAGGUAAAAGUGACUACACAGGGGAAGGGAAGGUGGAAAGUUAGAGAGGCAGACUGGGAUAGUUUUAGAGAAGCGAUAGAGAAGAUGGAAUGGAAGACUGAUGAGAACGGGCCACAGACAGAGAGAGGAGUGGAUGAGUGUAAUAGGAGUCUAGUUAGGAAAUUAACCAUAGCUGCAGAGGAGAGUAUUGGUAGGACAGAACCAAGAGAUGAUGUGGUGGUCCUUAGUGAGCACCAUGCAGAGCUGCAGGAAAUGCUGAACGCUGUGAAAACAACAGUGUGGACUAGGAAAGACCUGAAUAGGCUAGAGGUUCUGCAGAACAUGACAGGCAGGAUAGCGUUAGGUGCCAACAGGUAUGUGGCAGUGGAGGCGAUCAGAGGAGAUAUGGGAUGGAGUACAUUUAGAGAAAGGUUAGCUAAGGCAGUGUUGAGGUAUAGGGUUAGACUGCAGAGGAUGGAUGGGAGUAAAUGGGCAAAAAAGGUGUACGAAUGGAACGUGUAUGGACAGUGGGCACAGGAGUCGUUUAAUAUAGAAAUUUGGGUGUGUAUGGGAGAACGCCGAUCCAAAGGUUACACCGACAGCAAGUGCUGGGUGACUCCCAACUCAAGCUCAAGCUCAAGCUUAUACCUCCUUGAACUGGCAGCGGUGAUCCAAGGUGUUCUGGUGCUGCUUCUACCUUUAGAGCAGCUGGUCAGCCUCUACAUGCACUACCUCACCAUUGCUGUCCUUGCUGCAGCCGACACAUUCUCCAAUUACUAUAUAGAAGGAGAAAAACGUCUGGUGAAUCAAUGGCCAGAUUAUGGUACAGUCAGCUUUCAGGGAUUUUCAAAUAUGCUGAUGUUGCAAAAGUCAUUAUUUGACCCCCACAAUGAUGUUGAAACACUUUUCCUAAGACAACAAGUGGCUGCAAUUGUUUUCCAUACACUUGUGGCUACACUUGUAACAUUUUUCCUCGACUUAGAAUGCAAUAAAGAUAAGAUUCUUCUCCUGGUCUACCUUGUGCCAGUCUUUGCACGGUUGGCCAGCUUUCCAGUGACUGAACUUCAUUUGACUCAUAAUUUUGCGUCAUGUUUUGUUAUUUUUUUAACAGUUCAGUACAUCUUCCUUUGUGUUCCUCAUGUCUUUAGAUUUUUAAAACAAAUGUAUAACACUCUGGCUGAGAUGAUUGAAAUGUAUGGGCUCGUGCGAGUAUUAAUUACUGUUUGGAGUCGCCUCUUUGUUCCCAUCCAGUUGCUGAUCUAUUGGUUGAUGCUUUUCACCACUCAGUUAUAUAACCACUAUCUUCCAUCACACAACACAGCUGUUGCAACCAAACCUAGCACAGUGCUCACAGCUGCAGGUGGCAGUAUGACUGCUGCCUCAGCUUCAGGAGGCAGUGGAGCUCCUUCAGGAUCAGGAGCAACUCCCACAGUGAUGAGCACAAAUCCAAGUGAAAUGUGGUACUUGGUGAUAGUACAGAGUGCUGCUGAGGUCUGUUAUACCCCACUCAUGUUGGCUGGGACCUGUGUGGCAGUCUCGUACGCCUCACGGAUUAUUUUAUCCCUCACGAGAGCUUAUGCUGCUGGGCCUGGGGCAGCACCUCUCCCUGAUGACUUGGUGCACUCAGGUUGGACAGAAGGAGCUGCUAUGGCUCUACUGGCUGUACAGACCUCCCUUCUGAACAUGGCCAUACCAGAACGGCUGGCAGUGUUGUCAAUCAUCAUGCUCAUAGUUGUGUCAUCACUUGUUCAAAAUAUGUAUGAAAUAGUGGAGCCAAUAGUGUUGGCUCUUAGUGCCCAGGGUGUGGCAUCUAUAUAUAGGCAUUGUAGAGCAGUGUCUGCUUGUCUCUUACUCUUGCUCCUGUCAAUGUACAUGGUGUACAUGUUCACUCGGAUCUUUGAGCAGUACUUCUGGCUUCUGCUUGUUGUGUCAACCAGUAUUAUGACAUCAGUCCAAGUAUUAGGCUUAUUAGCUACAUACAUUCUUCUCACCUGGGAUACAGUAUGUGCUCAGCCUUGGCCUGGCUUAGAUGAUUUAGUUUACUACACUAGAGCCACAACUAGGGUAUUUGAAUUCAUUGUAGCUGUUUUUGUAGUUGGUGCUGGUGUGAAAGAAUCUAUUACAGGGCAGUGGUCAUGGAUCAAUGCUGUAGUGUUGCUCAUUCACUGUUACUUUAAUGUAUGGCAACGCUUACAGCAAGGAUGGAAAAGUUUUCUGCUGAGGUUAGAAGCUGCUAAAAAAAUUUCUGCUCUGCCAGAAGCAACUCCAGCUCAACUAAAGAUAUAUAAUGAUGUUUGUGCUAUCUGCUAUGCAGAAAUGACUUCAGCCAGAAUUACUCAUUGUAAACACCUCUUCCAUGGUUCCUGUUUGCGUAAAUGGCUGUAUGUACAGGAUAAGUGUCCCAUGUGCCAUGCAGCAAUCACACUUAAUAACCCAGAACUCAGCCCUCCUGCAGCUGAAGAUAUUCCACCACCUGCAGAAGGUAUAGAGACAGAGAUAGGAGCAAACAUUCCUCUUCCUGAUGAAGGAGAAAGUGGAGAGCUCAGUCUAUAAAUAAAAACUAUGAUUUGUAAAUAAGCAAUCACAGUGUAGAGCUGUGUUGUGUGAUCAUCAGUUGAGAAACAGAUGAUCAAACUUAAAGAUUUAAUGUUUAUCAUUAAAAGUGAUGUUAAAAGAUAUUAUAGGAAGUCACUUAAUAAACGAUGUAGUCAAUUGUUGAUGUAGUGGAAAGUAUUUAUGGGAUGGUCAUGUGCAUUAUUAGACCUAGUAGAAAUUUUUGAGAUUAUGAUUUUAUUUUUUGCAAGAUUCAUUUAUUUGUGUCUUUUAUGUAAAAAGUUAUAUACUUUUCAUUCUCAUAAUAGUGGAUAUAAAAUGUAUUCUGGCUAAUUCAUCAAAAUAGUUUUAAGUGUUUUAUGUUUUGUAAAAAUAAUGUGAUUUCUGGGAUCAUCUUCCAUAGAUUCACAAACCAGUACGUACCUGACAUUGCUAUUUGUAGGAGCAAAAUAGUUUAAGGAGUGACUAGAACUGUGUAAGAUUUCACUUUAAAGUAUUUGAGGGAGCUUCCUCUUCAUGUUCUAUUAUUGAUAAUUCUAUUGCAGGAAAUUUCAU